AUGGCCGCCGUGAAGCCGCAGCCAGCCAUAAUGGAGAAGGACGAGGAGGCUGAUACAGAUGUUCAUCCACUACAAUACGCGUAAGAAAUUUUUCUAAUUGUUCAUAAAAAUCAUCCAUUGUGUGCACGUUUGUCCUUGAAGCCAUGUGCAACCCCUAACUCGACCACACGGCCGAUACGUUGCGCUUCACACGUUCACGUCCGAGUUUUGUCGUGGCAACACAGUCCAUGCUUAGAUAAUGACUGACACGGUCGGGUUUUUGAAGUUUACCGGGUGGUCCAGGUUGACUUAUUUUACGUUUGCGCUUCUCUAACACUCCACUCUUCACAUUUUGGUAGGCGAUGCUUAAACUCUUAAGUUCCACCACUCGUUUUCGGUUUUACAAUGUUAAUUGUAACCUUGGGGUGGGGACACCCAGCGUGUGGAGGGUCCAACUUUGAUCCACUUACGAUAUUCGCCUUGAAGUGCCUUAGGGGUCGCGUUGACCGCACUUUAUGUUGCCUAGUUUUCUGACUACUGUAGGUCUUUUGCAGAUUAACCAUGCUCUUGCGAUUUUGGUUGGAGUUUACCUCGGUAUACUUCCAGCCCAAUUUGGAAUCAACUUGUGGGUUGCCAGACUGAGCAGUUAGGCCUGAGACUGACCUCCCAGUUGCUCAUGGCGUAUGCCAGCAUAGCUGCGUCUACCACGUGUACGAGUCAACCAGUAUUCGUUUCUGACCCACAAGACAGACCUGUUUUGCCCAAGUGAUUUUCAAGAUAGUUCUCUCCAGGUUAGUUAUUUUUAUCAGCACAUGUCGUGAUAUGCAAUUUUAGUAUGAUUGCAACUGCGUCGCGAAACAUGAACGUAUGUCAAUGAAUGUUUGUAGUGAAUGUGGCCAGGGUAUCCCGGUUCACAAGAUACUUCAUGCACAAUUGAGGAGAGGACGGUUUGGGACCGCUUCUGAGCUUGAGGAUUUGCUCGAUCCCUUGUGGCUCACCUGUUAAACUGCCUACUAUUAUUUGUUGCUGCUGACUCGCCGCUUUGAAAGUCCCCCUUCCUAGUAGGUGACUUAAUACGUCGUUCCGUAGUACUUCUGUUUUACGACAGAUUAACAUCUACGUAUACUUUUUUAUUGGUUCUGUUUUUCGCAAAAGACUUGGCACAUUCUGAAGUUUCGAAAGAGUUUCAGGUUACCGAAAAUUUCUCAUGAUUGCCAUCAUUAAUAACUUCCAGUGAUUCGUGACCAGGCUCCUCAGUCCAACUCGUGUUAGCUUCAUAUUUGAUCCCUUUUACAAUGCACUCAUCAGACUGUUCAUUUCUUGCCUCUGCGUAACUAGGUACUAAGGCAUACGCAUUUCUGUUUCUUCAGGUGGAACUUCUUUGUAUUCUCGUACUCUGCUGGAAGAGGAUGGGAGGAUAAUAUGCAAAAGAUAGCCGUGUUUGACACCGUUGAGCACUUCUGGAGCAUUUUGACUCACACCCUCCCGCCGUCUGAAAUAAUGAAUGGAACCGAUAUCUAUAUAUUCAAAGAUGGAAUCCAACCUAUGUGGGAAGACGAAAGAAAUCGCAACGGUGGGCGAUGGCUUAUUAAUGUCCCAAACCUUGAAAUGCUGGACACGUACGUUGCAAAAGUUGCCCACCUUUUUCCACAUCACCUAACUGCACUCUUGCCACAACUGCUUUUAGUCAUUCGUUUCGGUUCCAUCUGUAAGAGUUGGGGACCUAAAACAGGACCGCCUACCGUCCCCUGCUCACACUUCAUCAUGGUUUACCGUGUUCCGUCAUCACCGGUAUUGCCUAUCACGGGCUUUCGUGCCGUCACUUCACCAGACGUAAUCGAUUUGCUGUUGCCCUCAUCUGCUACCAGUUCGGUUCAUGCGGCCUGUCUGCGACCAGUCCUCCAUGGGACACUAAAUCGCAUGUCUCAGUUAGAUUGAUUCAUGCCUCUAUACCAUGGACGCAGGUCUUGCCAGCAUACCCUUUCAUUUCAGAGAUUAUUGUAACGGAGAGUAGCGAAGCGUCACGCGGCAAAUUGAAGGGUAGAAAGGGUUUAUAAGCCACCGACUAACUACCCGACCAGUCCUAUCAACCGCCAUGCAGUGGGGGUGUUCUUCGUUUAACGUAAGGUUGGGUCGGCGAUCCGAGCCAACCACCCAAGGGUUUAAAGAAGUAGAACACAGAUAUAAUGUAGGUGUGAUCUCAAACAUUUUUUAAGAUAGAAACGGGGUUGAUUUAUCUAAUUCUACGCUUUAGUUGAAUCUGUACGGUUAACUACCAGCUAAUACGUUAUUCUCUCAUUCCUGUCCACAUCCUUUCCAGAAGACGGCGCCCUAUUUUCGAUUCCACACCAUUUGCAGUAGUUCGUGUCAUUUGUCUUCGAGUAUGUGCUCCUCUUAAUUCUCCCAGGAAUUCGACUUAGUCGGAGUGGUUGCCGUUGACUAUUAAAGUUGACCUGGUUGGAAAGACUGCUGACCAGGCGGCUUUUAACUACAGGACUAAAAAAUCACUUCGUCCAACCACCCGUCUUUCAAACUUUCUGACGGCCGCGAUUGUGGGAAUGGUAACAAUCACGUCUAUUAAUUAUUGCUGCGUCUGAGGCGCGUCGAGACAUACAAGUUUCGGCUUAGGAAAACUCAGCUUUACCCUUCUGAUGCAUCUCGCAUGUACUUAUGGCAUUUCGAACUUACAAUUUUCCUCCCCAUGUCAUUUGGCUUUUUAAAACGGAGCCAUUAACUUAUUCCUUUCCCACUACUCGUUCUUUUUAGUUACUGGGAGGAGUUGCUGAUGCUAAUAAUUGGCAAUGACUGGGAGACUGAAGCCGAGUCAGAUCAGGUCUGCGGAGCUGUCUUUCAACGGCGCGCCAGAGGUCCGAAGAUUAGCCUAUGGACAAGCGACUCUGAGGACGAAGCCACUGUAAUGCGCAUCGGUCGGCGUGUGAAGGCGCGCCUCAAGUUCCCCGAUAGACUUGCAUUCCAAACAGUAUACCAACAACAGAAUGUUCCUAAGGGCCGGGACUCGGACGAGGGGAAGUACUUUGUUUAG